ACCACCAGCAUCGCUGUGACUCAUGGGGUCGAAUCCCCAAUGCCUUUUUAGCCCAUUUUUACUUCAGACUUUUUUCUACUCGUGUUAAUAAGCAUAUCGUAUGAUUUCUUCAAGUCAACCGUUCUUUAGUGUUUUUAAAUUCGCAUAAGUCAUCCUAUACUGACACGCUCCUGAAAGUCGCUCCUCUAGGGAGGAGGCGGAGCAUCGCGCGCGCGCGCCUCUGGAUGGGGAGUUUCGACAUCAGCGGGUUGAGAGCCAGGGUGACCCACAAGUCCCGUCCCGUGUCACACAGGUCCGUACUUUGCUGCUGGUGAUCAACGAUAAACAAGUGAAGCCAAGAGUCACAGUCUUGCGACUGGAAACGACGGAGAUUCGCUGUAAUCAUUUUCAAUUUAAAGAGAAAAGCAGACGGAGAGCAUAGAUUGGGCCGUUCCUCCGCAUCAGUUCGGAAUAAAGUCCCACUGACGGGGGGGCAGACGGAAUAUGAUUUAAACCAAAGCAUUCUUACAAGUUACAGGAUGAAGUUCCUCUGGUUGGACGCCGCCUGUCUGGUGGCCGUGCUCUGGGCCGCGGGCCCCCGGGUGGGGGCCGAGUGCGACCCUUCACCCCAGCCCCCCAAGCUCAACCUCUCAGUGACCUACGACCUCCCCACCUUCACCGCCGACUCGCCCAUCCAGAACAUGGUGACCCUGAACGGGGUCAUCUACGUGGGGGCUGUCAACCGGAUCUACGCCCUGUCCCCCAACCUCACCAAGCUGUCCGAGUACCGCACGGGGCCCCGGCCUGACGUGGAGCCCUGCGGCGGGGGGCCGGCCGCCAACGGCAGCGUGGACAACCACAACGUGGCCCUCCUGGUGGAGACCAUCUACGACCAGGGCCUCUUCAGCUGCGGCUCGGCCGACCGCGGCGUGUGCCGCCGCCACGUCCUGGACGACGGCACGCGGCCCAAGACGGUGGACGAGGAGGUGGACUGCUUCUCUGACCGCCGGGGCGGCGGGCAGCCCAGCGACCCCAACCGCGUGGUGCGGCCCUCGGGGGCCCGGGUGCUGAACGUGGAGAGCAACGUCAUCCACUUCUUCGCCGGCAACUCGGAGAUCCCCGGCGUGACGGGCGCGCCGCGGGCGCAGGCGGCCGGCGAGCCCCACACCAUGUCGGUGCGCAAGAUGAAGACCAGCCAGAACGGCUUCACCUUCUUCUCCCAGCGCUCCUACAUCGACCUCAUCCCGGCGCUGCGCGGGAACUACUUCCUGCGCUAUGUGUACUCCUUCCACAGCGGGCCCUUCACCUACUUCCUGACGGUGCAGCGGGCCGGCCGCGGCUCGCAGGCCUACCACACGCGCAUCGUGCGCAUGUGCUCCUCGGACCUGCAGAUCCGCCGCUACGUGGAGAUGCCGCUGCAGUGCAUCUGCACCGACAAGCGGCGGCGGCGGCGUGGGAGCCCGUCGGAGCAGGGCGGCGUCCGGGUGUUCAACGUGCUGCAGGCGGCGCACCUGGCCAAGGUGGGCCCCAACGCCAACCUGCGGGGCGUGGAGGAGGGCGACGACGUCCUGUUCGCCGCCUUCGCCCGGAGCAAGCCCGACUCGCCGGAGCCCACGGCCCACUCGGCCGUGUGCGCCUUCCCGCUGAAGUACAUCAACGACCUGUUCAGGAAGUACAUGCAGAGCUGCAACACGGCGGAGCCCUACCACUUCACCGGCUCCAGCAACAAGUCCUGCUACAACGUGACCUCUUCGGACGACUGCGGCCUCCACGAGGGUCUCAACGAGGGCAAGGAGGGCGAGUACCGCCUGGAGGUGGUGCAGGACGCCCAACGCCUCGAGUACUGGCAGAAGGACCUCACCGACACCCUGGUCACCUCCAUCUCCGUGGCCAUGGUCCACGGACACAUCGUGGCCUACCUGGGCACCGGGGACGGCCGCCACAUCCAGGUUCUCUUCUCCAGGGCUGCGUCCCCCCAUGUGAACGUCCGUCUGGACUCCAGGCCGGUGACCACCAUGGUCCUGCUGGACCCCGAGGGGCCCAGGGGAGCCCUGCUGCUGGCUACAGGCAGCAAGAUCACCAAGGUUCCUCUGACCGGUCCCGGCUGUGGUCAGCUGACAUCCUGUACUUCCUGUCUGCUGUCGUCGGGGGUGACAGGAUGUGGCUGGUGCGGCGACCGCUGUACGAGAGCCAACGAGUGCCCCUUGACCUCCCGCUGGACCCAAGACUACUGCACCCCCGUUAUCAACAAGGUGUGGCCGGCCACUGCGCCGUUACGAGGCACCACUGUCCUGACGAUCUGCGGAGAGAACUUUGGCUUCAACAAGACGGAGAGCUUCAAGUCCUCGCUGGUGACGGUGGAGGUGGCGGGGGCCGCCUGCAAACUGUACCGACAAGACCGCCUCAACCGGUGGAAUGAGCUGCAGUGUUCCCCCGUCUCCAGUGGGAACUUUACUCCGUCCGGAAGGACCGUCAAGGUCACCAGCGGCAACAAGUUUGACCAGAAAGAGGCUUUCUCCUUCGUGGACCCGGUGAUUGAGGAGAUCUUCCCAGAGUUUGGGCCUAAGUCUGGGGGUACUGUGCUCACCAUCAGGGGGGCCUUCCUGGACGCUGGCACCAAGAGAGAGGUCACCGUGGGGAAAGCUGUCUGUAAGAUCCAGAGCGUCAUCUCCACAACGCUGAUCUGUAAGACCCCGCCCUCUCCGGAACCGUCCAAUCAGCCGGUGACGCUGACGAUGGACGGGGUGGAGAGGCGGGCCCCGGGCCCCUUCACCUACAACCAGGACCCGGUCAUCAACAGCAUCCAGCCCUCGCGCUCCUUCAUCAGCGGCGGCUGCACGCUGUCGGCUCACGGCUUCUUCCUGCAGUCCGGCCUGCAGCCCCAGAUGUUCAUCUCCGUCCCGCAUGAGGGAAAACUGCUGCACGCGGUGAGUAGGCUCCGGGUUUCUGAUGGAAUGCUGUGGAUCACAGCUUUAUACACUCAGAGGACAGUUUAGCACAAUGUAGAUUCAAUUUAAAUCUUAAAAAAAUUAUAUAGCACAAUAUAUAUAUGUUGUAUUAAUGUAUAUUCAAACCAGAGUGUAUCAAAAUGUAUAUUAUAUUUAUAUACACUCACAAUAAAAAAAAGACAUCUCAGUAAACGUCAAUAAAAUGCCUUUAACCUCACUGUUGAACGGUAAAGUACUGUAAGACGUUGUAUCCACAUGUAAUAAAUACAAAUACAAGGGGACAGGGAUCCAGCUCUUGACUUUACUUCCGGUUGGAUUUAUGUUCAAUAUGAAAUGGAAGUGCAGGAUUAAGUGGUAACAUGUCUUUUUUUCCUUUACUAUUCUGAGGAAAGACAUUCCUACAGUGUCCUGUCAUGUCUGUGGUAUUGUCAUUAUGGGCAUUUACCUCCUGAAAGAGUCUUUUUGAGGAUGUGGGGAAAAAGGAAAUCGAAAUUGUGUUGUCUGGAGAAAACUACACUAAACCCCAGAGGCCCUCUCCCCUCCCACACACACACACACACACACACACACACACACACACACACACACACACACACACACACACACACCACUCAAAGAAUACAAAGAAUAUCACACUUCACCCGCCUCCCUCCAAAGUUCCAGGGUACACACACACACACACACACACACACACACACACACACACACACACACACACACACACACACACACACACACACACACACACACACACACACACACACACACACAAAUCCAUCAUAGCAAAAUGUGUCAUUGUUAUUUCAAUAUUGUUGGUUUGUGGCAUGAUGAAAUGUUAAUAUCAUACUAGCGUGAAAGCUCUGGGCCGUACUAACCCCCUGAGCCAAUACCCCGUCCUCCACGCUGUGUCCACUCGGAUAACCAUCGCCCAACUUUGGUUGUUCAAUGGCUGUUGUUGAAACAAAAGCUGCUGCUUUGAAAUAGAGAGGAAAGAGAAAUGGUAAAACUAACAACCCUAACCUUCCAAAGGCCUCCGCUUCUGGAAUGAAGACAAACACUGGGGGAAUACGUUGAUGGCAAAAUAACUGCAUUUAUUGAAUGAUAGAUUAAAUAGAUAUUGAGGACAUUUUUUUAAUUAAUCUCUCAAUAAAACAAAAACAAGGAAUACCUCCAACCUCACUGAUAGAUUUAAAAGAUCAAGGAUUUUAUUUAUUCGCUUAGGUCUGUUUGCUUUUGUCAUUAAGUUUAAGUUUAGGAAGUAGAUGGGUGAUCAGUUUUGAAUUACCCUCAACAAAACCAAUUAGCAUACAGAGAGCUUUGUGUGUGUGGGCCUGAUUGGUGUGUGUGUAUUUGUCUGGUCUCGGGUUAAAGCACAUAUUGUUCUUUGAUGUUAUCGGCCACUCUGAGAAAACACACUUCCAACAGGUACAGACAAGCCCGCCCGAGGGGAUAAUACCCCCUGAAGCACACACACACACACAAACACACACACACACACACACACACACACACACACACACACACACACACACCCUUUUGUGUGCAAAUUACUUUGUUAUAGGGUCACAAACAUCCACUAACAUCCAUUUCAAC